CGCCGGCCGGUGGCUUCCCGGGUCGCUUCCGGUCGUCGUUGUUGGUGGCCGCUGCCGGUGGCCUUUCCCGAGGACCCCGCGGCGGCCGGGUCCCACAUCUACUGCUGGUCUGAGGCAGGAUUCAAACCCAGGUCCUUCCCGACUCUCAACUCCAGGGAGAUAAUCUUCUGCAUAGUAGUGAGUUUUCCAUCACUGGAGGUCUCCCAUUGAAGAUUGUACUGACACCUCUGAGGAUGUUGUAAAGGGGACUUGAGUCAUCGAUGUACAAGGCUGUGGCUGUAUGGCUCAGGUUGGAGUAACCUGACCUCCAUGAAAAGGUGUUCUACAGGGAUGUGAUGCUGGAGAAUUAUGGGAACAUGGUCUCCCUAGGCAAUGGGAAUCUACUGAAGAUUUUUAUGCUGGGCCCUGGAAGCAAGCAAAAAGGUCCUAAGAUCAGAACUGAGAAAAGGCUAUCCACUCAUAAUCAGGAAGUUUCCAAAGAAAUAGAAUCAGAGGGGAAGACAUUGGAAAGUUCCCAGGGUCUUUCAUUUAGAGAAAGCUGUGACUCAGAAGGCAGUUUGGAGAGACAGAAGGAAAGUUCUUCAGGGAAUAGCUUAAGAAAAUGUCCUUUCCAGGAGAAAAAUUUCAGGAAAGUGAGCACCCCUCACCCAAAAAAACUCACAGAAAAGAGGGCACAAGAAUGUAAUGAAUUUAGGAGAAACUUUAGGCUGAACUCCAAUUUUUUUGCACAGCAGAGAGAGCUUACAGAAGAAAGGUCCCAUAAAUGUGAUACUUGUGGCAAAAGCUUCAAAUACAAUUCAGACUUUAUUCUCCAUCAGAGAAUUCAUACUGGAGAGAAACCUUUUGAAUGCAGUGAAGGUGGAAAAGCUUUUGGGCUCAACUCUCACCUUAUUGAACAUCAGAAAAUUCAUACAGGAGAGAAACCUUACAAAUGUAAUGAAUGUGGGAAAGAUUUCUGUCGGCGUUCACAACUUAUGUUACAUCAGAGAAUUCAUACUGGAGAAAAACCCUAUGAAUGUAAAGAGUGUGGCAAAGCUUUUAGUCAGAGCUCACAGCUUACAUUACAUCAACGAAUCCAUACUGGAGAGAAACCCCAUAAAUGUAGAGAAUGUGGCAAAGCCUUCAGUAGGAGCUCAACCCUUAUUAAACAUCAAAGAGUUCACACAGGGGAGAAGCCCUACAAAUGUAAUGAAUGUGGUAAAGCUUUCAGUCAGAGUUCACAUCUUAUUCUACACCAGAGAACUCACACUGGUGAGAAACCCCAUAAAUGUCACAUAUGUGGGAAAGCCUUCAGUCGAAGCUCACACCUUAGAGAACAUCAAAGAAUUCAUACUGGAGAGAAACCCUAUAAAUGUAAUAUAUGUGAAAAAUCCUUCAGUCAGAGUUCAAACUUUUUUCAACAUCAAUUAAUUCAUACUGGAGUGAAACCCUAUAGAUGUAAUAAAUGUGGGAAAGCAUUUAGCCGUAGUUCACACCUAAAUGAACACCUGAGAAUUCACACUGGGGAGACAGUCCAUCAGUAUAAUGAAAAUGGGAAUGUCUUAGACAGUUCAGGCCUUUUAAAACAUCAUCGAGUUCAUGGUGGAGAGAAACUUCAUAAAUGUAAUGAAUGUGGGAAAGCCUUCAGUUGGAGCUCACAUCUUAUCCUACAUCAGAGAAUUCAUACUGGAGAGAAACCCUAUGGGUGUCUUGAAUGUGGAAAGGUCUUUAGUCAGAGUUCUCAUCUUAUUUUACAUCAGAGAAUUCAUACUGGAGAAAAACCCCAUGAGUGUAAUGCCUGUGGGAAGGCUUUCAUUCAUAGCUCAAGCCUUAUUCAACAUCAAAGAGUUCAUACAGGACAGAGACCAUAUGAAUGCAAUGAAUGUGGAAAAGCUUUUAGUCGUAGCUCAACUCUCAUUCAACAUCAAAUAAUUCAUACUGGGGAGAAAAUAUAUGGGUGUAAUGAAUGUGGGAAAACCUUUAGGUGGAGCUCAAACUUGAGGAAACACCAGAGAAUUCAUACCAGAGCAUAAGCAGGUGUUUAUAAUGAAAAGGAAGAACAUAGCCUAGAUAGUUAACAUAGUAAAGGCUAGUCAGUUUAGUUAUAGGGGUUUUUGGGGGGGGCAGUAAGACGAAAGGGGGUAAAUCUUUGAGUACUAAGUACAGGUCCAGCUAGAUCAGCAUCCCCACUUUGUCCAGAUUGAUUGAAGUCAAUCUGCUUCAACUUCUUAGCACAAGAUCUGCUAAUUCCUACCUCUAUGCCUUUUUACCUAUCUUCCUGUUUUCUUAUGUCAUUGCCCUUCACCCCUUUCAAGAUCUUUUUGAAAAUCCCCUUCUCCAGGAAGCCUCCCACUUCCAACUCUAAUUAUAAAUACCAUGAUAUGCCCUUUUGUAUUUCUGUAUUAAUGUUGUGGCAUAUUAUUUUCUACUUAGUUUAUGCACUGGAAAGAGUAUGAGCUAAAAACCAGGAGACCUGGACUCUAGCCCCAGCCUUGAUUCUACUAACUGACAUCAAGCAAAUAAUUUUUCCUCUGGGGCCUCAUUUUCUUGGUAAAUUAAAGGGAUUGGCCUCAAUUAUUUCCAGUUUUGAUAUUCUAUGAUUCCGUAUAUUGGUUUUUAUUUGCCUUCUAACUAAAUCAUGUGAGAUUUUUUUUUAAUCCCAGUUGAACUUUAAACAUAUUAAAAUUGUGUUUUGCAUUCAUUAGAUACUUAAUAAUGUUCAUUGGAUAUCUGCCAUUAGUCUUCUCCACUUAGCUCUGGCAUAAUUCCUGUUGUUUUUAAUGCUAUUUAGCGUACGUAGGAUGCCCAUUGAUAAUGGAAUAGUUGUUGAGCUCAUAUUUUUAUAGAAUCGUAGAUAUGGAGACGGAAGGGGACCUUCAAGGCCAUCUAAUCCAACCCUCAUUUUACAGAUGAAGAAACUGGAGCUUACAGAAAUUUUCAUUUAU